AUGUCAUACUCGAACGUGCGCAAUGGCCUUAGCACGCCAGGACCCGCAUGGUCUACUGUCCUUAGCACCAUAGGUGCGGGAGGCAGGACUACCACGGCGAUCGAAGUAUACACUAGCUUCAGCACCGCGAGCUCUGGCUUCGGACGAUGGCAAAGCAACCAUAUCACUCCGACGACGAUCACGCCGGUAUAUGCCCUUGGCUCGCCGAUACAGAAAGUAACAGUAACCACAAUCCCCAGCGACUCAAACGCCUACACAAUUACCCAGCUCACUGGACCGACACCCAACUGCAAGUUCGAGACGAUGUCAGUCAAGUCAUCGACAGACUGCGGUCAAUGCACCAUAACCGGCGGCACCGUAGACCUUUACUUCUGGCCUCUAGAGACCGCCGGUCCCUCCGAUACCACGACCAGACGCUCAACCAUCCUCAAUGGCACGACUCUCUAUUCCCCCACCGUCUACAUCCACCUCCCCACCAUCUACGCCUCCAACACCUGCCUCCAAGUCGGCGCCCGUCACACCGGGACUCUCCUCGCCAUGCCACCGGACCAGCUCUCAACCCAAAUCGACAUCGGCCUUAAGCAGCCCGCGUACCGUUACGGGAAGCUGAACUACACGGAUCUGCUUCGCCCGCCGCCGGCGUGGCAGUACGAGAUGCAGCCGGAGUGCUAUGUAUUUGGGUGUCCGACGAUCUAUAACACGCAGUGGUUCCCGACGUUGAAAGUGCCGGAGCAGGUGAGGACGAUUGAUCCAGAGUGGGCUGGGUGUGGAUUGGCGCUCGAAGGCUUCUACGAUCCGCCGAUAGCUCUUACACCGAAGGCAGUGGAAGCCCGUGUGUCGACGUUUGCGGAUCCAGACUUGCCGAAAGCAUCACCCUCGUUGGCCGUGACUGGACCAGAGGCAACUUGGUAUCCGAAGGCUUCCUCGUUGACCUCAGCGGAGGUUGUGGCACCGAUUGAUCCACUUGCUACUAUUGUGAAGUCAGGCUUGAAAGCUCGCCCAACGCAUCACACGAGGCACAGCACGCACUCCCUGGAUAACAACGCCUCCAAGGUGAGCAAUGUAGCGUCGACUUCAACCCGCAUUGACAGCGAUACCUCCGAGAGGACCGCGCAGAAUUCGAACGCGGGUGCCUCAUGGUCUCCUGAUCCAGCAUCUACAGCUGUGGAAAGCCAUUCCCGAGCAGGUCCUCGCCCCACCGACACAACUCCUAUUUCGCCGUCACGAACGACACAUGGGACAGAAAAUGACAGUCGGUGGACAUCGCAAAGUCUACCGGACGAGAUGCCUGCUCCUCAUGCGAUCACUUCAGACGGAGGAGUGAUCAUUGGUAAGCACACAUUACAGCCUGGCGAAGAGAAGACGAUCGGGAAUGGAGCAGCUACCGCAAUCGUCAGUGUAUACGAAAGUGCAGGAUCUACAUUCGUAGUCUACAACCAUACCUCAACCACCACACUCGAAGAGGCGAGCCUAGAGAGCCGGACAAACAUUGCACCAACGACUAGCGAUCUUGUCAGCUUGAACAGCAAAACCCAAUACGUUGUCUCCGGCCAAACUCUCGCACCUAGCUCACCCAUUACUCUGGAAGACAACGACGGCCCCGUCACCUUUCGCAUGCUUACCGCCAGCUCAAGCACCUUCAUCGCCAUCGGCACGACAACUACUGUGCCUCUCAUACCAACCACUUCCGACGCUGACCCGUUAGCGUUCACAAAAGCCUCGGAUGGGAACUUCGUCCUCCACGGGACCACGUUGGCUGAUGGGAAGCCUAUCACGGUUGGGGAUAGAGGCGAUCGGACGACGCUGAGGAUGAUUAGUGUGAGCGGGAGGCCGGGGGUCGGGGUGGAUGGAACGACUACGAGGAUGCUUGAGCAUGGUCACGUCUCGAGCAAUGUUGCAUCGAGCAGUGACAGCUUGCCGGAGAUCACUUAUGUUUCUGCCCCACCACCAGGACCAGCGUCUUCGGCGACGAGCACACCGACAACAACGACGGUGCGCUCGGGGUCCAAUACGAGUGCUCCGUGGCUGGCAAGAUGGUUUGCUAUAGUGGUGUUGUUCUUGGUGGGCUUCGGGCCAUGA